GUGCCCACCACCCUACAGAGGCUCCGUGGGUCACAUCUCCUGGCCAGCAACGUGAGCCAGCGUCCUACCACGCCGUCCCUACGUGCAGCUGCCUCACACAGGGCCGCUGGAGGGGAUGGACUAUUCCUAUGAUGAGGACCUGGACGAGCUCUGUCCGGUCUGCGGGGACAAGGUCUCCGGGUACCACUACGGGCUGCUCACCUGCGAGAGCUGCAAGGGCUUCUUCAAGAGGACGGUGCAGAACAACAAGCACUACACCUGCACCGAGAGCCAGAACUGCAAGAUCGACAAGACCCAGCGCAAACGCUGCCCUUAUUGCCGCUUCCAGAAGUGCCUGACCGUGGGGAUGCGCCUGGAAGCUGUUCGUGCAGAUCGGAUGCGUGGAGGGAGGAACAAAUUUGGACCCAUGUACAAGCGGGACCGUGCCUUAAAGCAGCAGAAGAAAGCUCUGAUCCGUGCCAAUGGCUUCAAGCUUGAGACCAUGCCUCAGAUUGUGUCCCCAGUGCAGAAUGACUACAGCCUGUCCUCCUCCAUCCACAGCAUCCAUGCCAUGUCCAAGACCUUGCCACCCAACCCUGCUGCCCUGACGCCCAUCGACUAUGAGCGCAGCCCCUAUGGGACCCCCUCCCUGGGAAUGACUGUGCCCAGCCAUGCACCUCUGGCUGGCUACCACUACUCCUCCUUCCCCAACCGCACCAUCAAGUCUGAGUACCCAGACCACUACACAAACACACACGAGUCCAUGCCUGUCUACGUGUACCCAGAGACCUACCCCAGCAGCUCCCCUCCUGACAUCCCCGAGGUCAUCCUGAAGCUGCUGCAGCUGGAGCCUGAUGAGGCCCAGGUGAAGGCACGGAUACUGUCCUGCCUGCAGCAAGAGCAAGGCAAAGGCCGUCACGAGAAGCUCAGCACCUUUGGCCUCAUGUGCAAGAUGGCUGACCAGACCCUCUUUUCCAUUGUGGAGUGGGCACGAAGCUGCAUCUUCUUCAAGGAACUAGAGGUGGGUGACCAGAUGAAGCUGCUGCAAAACUGCUGGAGCGAGCUGCUGGUGUUUGACCACGUCUACCGGCAGCUGCAGCAUGGCAAGGAGCACAGUGUGCUGCUCGUCACCGGCCAGGAGGUGGACAUGUCGACCAUCACAUCCCAGGCUGGCUCCAUCCUGAACACACUGGUGCUGCGGGCACAGGAGCUCGUACUGCACUUGCACUCGCUCCAAGUGGACCGGCAGGAAUUUGUCUGCCUUAAGUUCCUCAUCCUCUUCAGCCUUGAUGUGAAGUACCUGGAGAACCACAUGCUGGCUAAGGACGCUCAGGAGAAGGCCAAUGCAGCGCUGCUGGAGUACACAGUCUGCCACUACCCACACUCCACAGACAAGUUUCGUCAGCUGCUGCUGCGGCUGACCGAGGUCCGGGCGCUGAGCAUGCAGGCAGAGGAGUACCUCUACCACAAGCACCUGAGCGGGGAGGUGCCUUGCAACAACCUCCUCAUCGAGAUGUUGCACGCCAAGCGGACUUGAGCGUGGCUGCCAGCAUGGAGCCGGCAGAGCCCCGGUGCUGCCAGCAGUGCAGCAAGGGCAGGACGUGUGCCUGGGGCUGGCGAGCGGGUGCCGCCUCUCCACUCCGCCUUUCUCAGUGAUGCUAUUUAACCUGUACUAUUGGAAAAGUCCCAGAUAGUUUAUUUUAAUGCACAGCAAGGAUUGUGGACAGCUGCAGGGCCAUGGGCUCAGCUGCCCCCUGGCUCCUCUGCACAUGUGGUGCCCAACCUGUCACCUGCCCAACCCAGACCUGCAGUGCGAAGGAAGGGUAAAGCCUGUCCUGGCUUUUCUCCUAUUUAUGCUCC